UAGCUAUGGAUACCGGCUGUACGUGUGUGUAAGUGACUAUAUUUCUGCAAAUCGUUUUUUAAUGAUAUUAAAAUUCGUGAUUUUGAAUAUUUCCAUAGUUCUAUUGGUGUCGAUAAAGUAGUUCAUAUAGAUGACAGAAGAAAUGGAAAUAUGACAGUUUGAAAUAUUGUUUUUUUUUGUGUUAUUUAUUUGUACAGAAACUCGCUUUUGCAUAGAAAAUAUUCUCUGUCUCUUGUUUUAAACGCUGCUGACAUUUAGAAUAGAAAAAAGGUUUUGCUUAAACAGUUUUUAAAACAUCAUAGGCGAAUGAAAGCUUUUAAUGAGGAACCAAUGCUGUCGAAUAAGCAGUACAUCCGGUUCAUUUGUUCACUUUAUACUUGUCAUUUUCCAACACUUUUUUGCUUGUCAUAUUUAUGAAACUCUCAUCAUUACGAUUUGUAUUUGCUGCCAAAUAAAAAUUAUCAAAGAUAUUUAAACACGAAUAAACCACGUGACUUUCAGUAAAGCUUUAUUUAAUACUGCGAACACAGAUAAGCACAAGUUUGUAUAUUGUGAGCACUCUUUCGUGCUCAAAUUGAUACCGCACACAGCAAGAGUGUGGACUGUAUUCAACCGGCAUCCGCUCUUGUCACCUUGCACGAAGGUCAUUGAAAGUUUUGCAGCCAUACCUACUGCACAGUGUGUGGGAAAGAGGAACUGAGGAGCAAAAGUGUGCACAUUACACACAUACCCGAUACAAACCGCAUUUGCCGGCAAUUCCAAAUUAUUGUGUCAUAGGCAAACGCUUUAAUAUUCAAAAAAACUUCCUACCUGUGUAGUCCUGCUGUUGACUCUGUCUCUACAACUGUUUGGGGGGACUUUGGAUUCAUACAAGUAGGAAUCUAGCUCGCUUUCGCAAAUAGCUGAUGACGAAAAUACAACGUACAUUUCGUCGAUUGCAUUUGCGACUGCGACAACAAUAACAACCGGGGGGAAUACAAAGAGCUUUACACAAAAACCGAGCUAUAUAUUUUAAAAAUGUUUCUGUGGUCGUGUUCCACGAAAGCAGCUGCUUCUACUGCUCGUAAAAUCACACUCUUCGCUCAUCACUCAGUGUCAGUUGUUCCACAAUCGCCGUUGGUGAAUUUUGGUGCUAAAGUUCCGUCUCCGUUUGGAUUACAAUUCUUGUUAAUUAAACGCUUAAACUCAAGUAUGCCUAUCAAGUCAAUCUUCGCUCGUCAAAUCUUCGACUCGCGUGGUAACCCCACCGUCGAGGUUGAUUUGUGCACUGAAUUGGGUCUUUUCCGUGCCGCUGUACCCUCCGGGGCAUCAACCGGUGUGCAUGAAGCUCUUGAAUUGCGCGAUAACGAUAAGAACAGCUAUCAUGGCAAGGCUGUGACCAAAGCUGUCGACCACGUAAACAAGGCUUUGGGACCCGAAUUGUUGAAGGCAAAUCUUGAAGUCACCGAUCAAGAGGGCAUUGAUAACUUCAUGCUGAAAUUGGAUGGUACUGAGAACAAGUCAAAAUUCGGUGCUAACGCCAUUCUGGGUAUCUCAUUGGCUGUCUGCAAAGCUGGUGCUGCCAAGAAGGGUGUACCACUAUACCAGCACAUUGCUGAUUUGGCUUCCAACAAGGACAUCAUUCUGCCAGUACCUGCAUUCAAUGUAAUCAACGGUGGUAGCCAUGCUGGCAACAAAUUGGCCAUGCAGGAAUUCAUGAUUCUACCAACUGGCGCAACUAGCUUCACUGAAGCCAUGAAAAUCGGCUCUGAGGUCUACCAUCACUUGAAGAAGGUCAUCAAGGAUAAAUUUGGUUUGGAUGCCACCGCUGUUGGUGAUGAAGGUGGUUUCGCACCCAACAUUCAAUCCAACAAGGAAGCUUUGGUUUUGAUCCAAGACGCCAUCGCUAAGGGCGGUUACACCGGCAAGGUCGAAAUUGGUAUGGAUGUUGCUGCUUCUGAAUUCCACAAGGACGGUCAAUACGAUUUGGACUUCAAGAACCCCAACAGCGACAAGUCACAAUGGUUGUCGCCUGAGAAGCUCACCAACUUGUACCAGGAAUUCAUCAAGGAGUUCCCCAUCACCUCCAUUGAGGAUCCCUUCGAUCAGGAUCACUGGGAUGCCUGGUCAACCCUUACUGCCAGCACACAAAUCCAAAUUGUUGGUGAUGAUUUGACUGUCACCAACCCCAAGCGUAUCCAGACUGCCGUUGAAAAGAAGGCUUGCAACUGCUUGUUGUUGAAAGUCAACCAAAUCGGUACCGUCACCGAAUCCAUCAAGGCUCAUUUGUUGGCCAAGAGCAACGGCUGGGGCACCAUGGUAUCACAUCGCUCCGGUGAAACUGAGGACACUUUCAUUGCCGAUCUCGUUGUUGGCUUGUCUACUGGUCAAAUCAAGACCGGCGCACCAUGCCGUUCUGAACGUUUGGCCAAAUACAACCAAAUUCUUCGCAUCGAAGAAGAGUUGGGCGCCAAGGCGAAGUAUGCCGGCAAAUCUUUCAGAAAGCCACAGUAAAUUUUUAGUGUUGAGCAAUGAAUAAUGAUUCCAACAUGCACAAUUAAAGGCAAAUUCAAGAAAAUUUUGAAAUUUUGAGAACAUCAUAUGGGUGUGGCAUACAUUAAGUUGAACUUAAUAACGGGAAUACAAUAAAUGCAAACCUAGUACCUUAAAUUCUAUAGCCACCUACUAUUACUACAAACCAACAACAACAAGAAAUGUUAAUGAAAUUUUGUGCACAGUUAUGAUUUUCAUCACCUUAUCAUACUUGUAAACCAUUUUAAUCGUUAUAUUAAACAUAUUUUAUUUAAACUAUAUACAGAACUAUUAUUUCUGAAUUGUUCUUUUUAUAUAAAACUACUUUAAAUUAUUAUUAUUAAUGGUAAUUUCAUUUCGGUAUAAUAAAAUAGCAUAGAACAAUGAUAAAAAAAAAUAAAGAAAAGACCAAAAAACAAAAAAAUAUUUAUUAUUUCAAAUGUUAUUUGCUCCACUACCAACUACACUACUGUGCAAUAAAGAUUUAACUAACUGGCUUAUUAACAAAACAUAAUGCGAAACUAAAACAUAUUGCUUAAUUGUUGAAUAUUAGUGUUGUUAUGUAAAACACACAUGAAAUCAUACCGAUAGCAGCGUGUUGUCCAAUUCAAUUGUAUGUAAUCAAAAACAUAAUUGUCUGGUAGCAUUGUGCUAAUCAUAAUAAAAUAUGAAUAUGAAAAUAUUGGUUUCUA